AUGCAUAAGCCACCUGUGGCCCCUAAACCAAAGCUGCCUUACUACGAAAGUCCACGGCAAUCUCCUUUCAUCCCCAGAAAAGGUGACCUCUCGCAACCAUCUCCUGGCACGCAGAGGAAGGUUAAACCGGCGCUAGCCCCCAAACCCUGCCCCUCUAAAUUCAACGCUCCCGUGGAAGAGAGGCAACCUGUCUGGACGAGCCCACGUCAGACAUCUGCGUCGGAUACCCCCCAGACUGUAGGUCGUCUUGCUUCCCAAAAUGGACUGCAGCACGAGAGCAAAAGGCCUGACUGGGAUUACGUUGUUCCUAUUUGUCUGUGCAGCAGUGACAACUGCACGUGCGUCAAUUCUCAAUGCACCCGCAAACAUAGCAGAGAGAAAAUAAACAAUGAAUACUUCAGAACAACGAAUGCCUCUCCCACCCAUACUCACUAUCAGUCUGUUCAAGACGCACAUGCUAUUUACCAAAAUGUCACUGUAAAUACUAAUAUUUCCCGUCCUAAGGUGGCUUUUCGGCCGACUUCUCCUCACAGAACGCGGGGUGAUGAGGCAAAUGAUGAAAUUCUUGACGCUGUACCUGGACAAGUACCAGAGGAAGAUGCUCUCAGUGUGCCACGACCCAAACUAAUCCCAGCUCCCCCUAGGAAGUCCAGUCCUAUCCCUAUACCACAGAAACCCAGGCAAGCUGUUCAGAACCAUAAGGAAAAGGUGGAGAAGGGGAAGGAAGAGUCUGUAAGCCAAGAUGGCAGAGAAAUAAACACCAAAAACGUGGCGGUGUCACCAGACAGGAAGGGCACAUCAUCACUGUCUGUCAGUGCACCUGAAAGUGAAAAGAAACUGCCAGCUUUUCUGUCAGUGAAAACUUGUCCCCCUCCAGCUGCUCCUCCCAAGAAAAAACCUUUUCUGUCUGAGCUCCAAAAAGUACUGAGCUCGGCUCCUCAGGCAAUUCCAAAGGACGUGAAAGGGGAACAUCUCGAUUGGGGCCGUGGCACUUAUGAGAUGGAUUUCUCCGCUGAAAAGGAUAAAAAGAUUCAGAGGAAAGCAAAGGGUGAUGAGGAGGAAGCUUGUGGCAUUUUGCAUAGCCAGCCGGCCCUCAGCCAGCCUGUUGCCACAGCGGAGAAAGCUGGGAUGGGUAAAGUACCUCCAAAGAAGCCCCAGAGAAAGAAGAUGCUGAAUCAGAAUAAGGGAUCCGCUGAGGAGAGAGCAGCAAGGGAGUUUGAAGGACACGGGAAAAAGGAGGAGCUGCCUCUGCCUUCCACUGACAAAUCAAGCGGUAAUCAUCCAGCAGCUGAAGUUAAUAGGCAUUCUCGCUCCAGUGUGAACAAAGCCAAGUCCUUCUCCGGCGCUGACAUCAUUCGCUCUAAAAAAGUACAGAAGACAAUUUCUUUCCGGAAACAGCCCUUGAAAUUAUCAACGAGUAGGUUACCCAGGCAGACGGAAAAAGAAGACCAGUUCCCAGACUACACUCCCAAUGAUAAUGAACUAAGUGUUGACAACGACGAAGACCUAUGGCAGAACUAUCCCGAACGUAAAUUCUCCGCUCCAUUUACUGAGUUCGAGCAAAAUGUGGACGGAGAAAAUGAAGGAGAAGUUGUCCCAUUUGAGGACAGCCCUGUGUAUGAGGAGAUAUUAGACUACGCCAAUGUGGAAAAUUCAGGGCCAUAUCCUCAGGACCCCUACUCACAGCCUAAACCAUGGCAGAGCUCAGUUUACACUGACCCACAGGGCUUAUACUUACACCCUGACCCCUCAGAGAGCUCGGUGUAUGAUAAUGAGGGCAUUUAUGAGGAGCAGGAUCCAUAUAUGUCCCUGGAGAAAGACCACCAACAGACACCAGCACUCUGUGACAGAAGCUCCUUUGAAAAAGACGUUGUUCUCGAGGUGCCGUUUGAUGAAGACUUCAUCCAGACCACCUCAGAAGAUGAAGGCGAGAAUGACAGCAGCUCUGACUCAAGUAAAGGUGACCCUGAGCAGCCAGAGGAGAAAACGACGGCGAGUGAAAAGAAGAAAAACAAGAUAUUCAACAUUGCACAAGAAAUUAUGACCUCUGAGAGCGUGUUUGUUGACGUCCUGAAGCUGCUUCAUGUUGACUUUCGUGAAGCAGUGUCUAAAGCCUCUCGCCAGAGUGGGAAGCCUGUGAUUGAGGACCGUCUUCUAAACCAGAUACUGUACUCCCUCCCACAACUCUACGAACUCAACCAAAACCUCCUCUCUGAACUGAGACAAAGAAUAGCUAAAUGGAACGAGAAUCCCCAGGUAGCAGACAUUUUCCUGAAACAGGGGCCCUAUCUGAAGAUGUACUCGACAUACAUUCGUGAGUUUGACAGGAAUGUGGUUCUUCUGGAUGAGCAGACUAAGAAGAAUCCAGCAUUUGGCGCAGUAGUACGGGAAUUUGAGGCUAGUCCACGCUGCGCCAGCUUGGCUCUGAAGCAUUACCUGUUAAAACCUGUACAGAGGAUUCCUCAGUAUCAGCUGCUACUCACAGAUUAUCUAAAAAACCUGCCUGAAGAUGCAGACGACUACAAAGACACAGAAGCUGCCCUUGCUAUAGUGAAAGAGGUGGCCAGUCAUGCAAAUGACUUCAUGAAACAAGGGGAUAUCUUCCAGAGUUUGAUCCGUGUCCAGUGCCGUCUAAUUGGCAACCAUGAGAUUGUCCAGCCUGGCCGGGUAUACCUUAAAGAGGGGAUUUUGAUGAAGCUGUCCAGGAAAGUCAUGCAGCCCAGAAUGUUCUUCCUGUUUAACGACAUGUUGCUGUACACCAAACCCGUUCAGUCAGGCCAAUACAUGUUCAAAAACACGCUGCCCCUCAGAGGAAUGAAGGUUAGCAAACCGAGUCAAGAGGCCUAUCAGAACGAGCUGAACAUCGUGAGUGUAGAGCGCUCUUUCAUUCUCUCCGCGAGCUCGGCCAAGGAACAGGACGAAUGGCUUGAAGCGAUUUCCACAGCGAUCAGUGAACACACCAAGAAGACGAGCAGCUUUACCCCUGGCAAGCCUCAAGAUGUGCUGGAUGGCACUGAUGUUGGCGAUGGUGCUCCUUUGGGAUCCAAAGCCCCCAUAUGGAUCCCUGACAAGCGGGCCUCCAUGUGUAUGGUCUGCACCUCCAAGUUCACCCAAACGUGGAGGAGACAUCACUGCCGUGCGUGCGGAAAGAUUGUGUGCCAAUCUUGCUCCUCCAAUGAAUUCCCUCUCGAAUAUAAAAAGAACAAGUUUACUCGAGUGUGUGACCAGUGUUUCCAAGUUCUUUUGGAGCAGAAAGGCGAACAGACCCAUCAACUUGGAAAAAGAACUGCGUUUACUUUCCACAAAAAGCAGAAGUUGAUACCCGCAACCCUCAAAGAGGUGACGGCCAACACAGACGACUCCUCUAUGAGUGGGUACCUGCAGGCGUCCAAGGUGGCUAAAAAGCACGGGAAGAGGUUAUGGUUCGUCAUUAAAGGCAAGGUCCUGUACAAAUACGCAGCAAGUGAGGACGUGGCAGCUUUGGAGAGUCUGCCCCUGCUGGGAUUUGUUGUAAAAGCUGAUUCCUCACAGACGUCGCAGUUCAAACUCUACCACAAAAACAAAGUUUACUACAUUUUUAAAGCUGACAGCCCAGAGACUGCCCAAAAAUGGAUCAAGUCUUUUAAAGAGGCUGCUGUGCUUUAAUAUCUGUUGUGUGAAGCUGCUGGCUGUGCUUGCCUUGGCUGAAAAUGUUUUACCUCAGUGCUCCCAGAAAUCUGUAAAAAGCAUCUGGAGUCACCAGUUUUGUUUUUAUUGAUUUUAUUGUAAUUACUGUAACUCGUUUUUACAUCGUUUUUAAAGCUCUCUUGUGGAGAUGGGAUUUACCCAUUUUUAUUUUUGCACAGUCACAUGAAUCUUUUCCACAUGCAUUUAAAAAGUUUAGGCUUCAAUGUCAGAAAUCCAUUUUUAGACUUUAAUUUUGGGUUAUGCUUUUAAUGCAAUUGUCUAAUGUCAUGCUUGGAUUGCCAUAGUACAGAUUUUAUGAAAAAGAGAAUUAUCCAUUAAUUACUAUGGGCACGGCUGCUGUCAUAACAUGUGAACACACGCCUAUCCAGCAGAUUCCUAAAUAAAUUAUGUAGGUAUUUCUUGUGGUUUGGGAAUGCUUUUUUUUUU